AGAGAGAAAUUGUAAAAUGUUCAAGAGGCGUCAACUUGGCCAAGUAGCCUGCUGGCUUUUGGCCAUCAUUGUAAUAGUUGCGGGCCACGUUAAUGCCUACAAAAAGUUCGGACAGGAUUGUCGGGAUGUUAGCUGUGCGGUUAAUGAGCAUUGCAUUGUCUCGCAUGUAGCUUGUGAGAGGGAUCAAUUGGAUGGCGAGCACUGCGGGCUCUAUCCCAGAUGUGUGGAGCGUUCUUUGAGUGCAGCAGAUCAGCAACUGAUCGACACCACAUCCACCACAGCAAACACACGUUCAUCCACCUUGUUAUCGAGUAGUCCCAUCACCAGCACCUUGACUUUGAAUCAUCAGCCGAAACAUAAAUCUCAGACGGACUUUGAACUCUUGGCUCCGGAUCCGAUUGUCGCUGAUCCGGCUGCCAGUCAUGCAGCUCAGCGACAGGCCAAUGUUCUGGUCAUUGUACAGGAGGGCAACCAGAAUCCCAAUCUCAAUCCCAAUACUUAUCCGAAUUACAACAAUCAGCCCUGGCGGCAACCCUGCAGCCCCUAUUAUCCCUAUACCUGCAAUUAUCCGAGUUCGCCUUACUUACCCACCGCCUCUAGAUCGAUACCAGCUUACGGCAAUGCACGAGCUGCCUCAGGCCCUCAGUUGGUGCCUCCCACACCACCCUGCUACUACAAUUGCUAUCCUCGCUUGGCUUCUGGCUAUCCAUUUGCCCGCUCCGCGAGAGCUUCAUCUCAGACCAACAACUAUCUGAUGUACAUCACAAUUUAGUGCGUCUUUCUUCUUCUGUUCUAUUCUACUCACCAGACCGGGCAUCUGGCCGACGACCACGUCGCUCUCCCCAGAUGCCUCCUUAUCCACCACCGAUUCCAAUGUCACCGAUGCCCAUGGGGCCAGUUGUAGUACCAGCUGGUGCAGCAGCACCACGUCCGGU